GUUUGGUGACAACACACAAUGAAUGGUCCUGGAUAGAAGAUCGGCCUUUUAGCAUGAACUUUGGCGGCUCAUUGGGUCUCGUUAACGGCAAGAUUUAACUCUAAAACUGCGUUGAUUCCACAUAUUUGUUUACGACUGUUGCUUUAUCAAGAUUAGGUGAAGGAGAAUACAAUGGUUGUUUGAUUGUUAAUGUUAAGCAAUAUAAUUUUUGAGGUUUCCGAUUGGGGGCUUGCUGCCUGAACUUAGCUUAUUGACCCCGUCGUUGUCCAGGGUUCAUUCACCGCCGGCUUGACCGCUGGGCGAAGCGAAGGAUCUCAUUCUUUUCUUCACUUACAUGACUUAGACGUGGAAAAGCUGUUGCCUGAGCUGCAUUCAAGAUGUUUCCAGGAAGGUUUGAUCCUAACUCGAGACCUGAAGUCUUACGGGAGCUACCUGUUUCAAGCAUUGACAGUGAUGCUAACAUUGGAAGAGCAAUGCGAUCGGGGAAUACCACCAUCAUCACGAUGAGCCCUGAUCGUCCACCUAGGAUCCCGAUCCAUGCAAUGGGUGGAGAGGGACCGUUUUGCUCCCCGGUCCAGUAUCUCUAUGCGACUGGCAGGACCAGAAGAAGACUACAGCUUUACCCUGAUGUUGACCGCCCAGUCUCGCCGACCUUUGAUGACUUCAAACCCCCGAUGUCCAGCACCCCCGGUCCUUCCUCACCCUGCCGAUCAUCGCCCCGGUCGUCGCCACGGAAACGCAACAUCAACCAAUCGUCGGGCUACUACAGCCACCUUGGUUCUGCAGAGGAGAGUAUCCUACAGGAGAGUGUUUCGUGGUUACGGAGGGCUAAGAAAGCGAGGAAGGAGAGGAGGGAGUCAUCGGCUGACCUGGUGAAACGGUUGAGGGCGCUGACGGCCGAUCAGCUUGCAACAGUCAUUGGCGACUUGAUCAAACAACAUCCUGAUCUUGAAGAGGACCUUCAAGAUUUAAUACCGGAGCCCGAUAUAUCAUCAUGCGAGGAAGAAAUAUGUGAACUGCUCCAUAAUAUCUACAGGGCUAUGCCACGACAGAGACUAAGCUCAUCGCGUAGUGCUUUCACAUACAGACAGGUCCGACUACACAUUAUCAAAUUCAAGAAAGAAUGCAUCCAACAUGGCCGCCAUUUUGUGAAGUGUAAAGCAUGGGAUGCUGCAAUGAGAUAUGUUCUGGUUGCCUGGCAACAGGUCCACAAACUACCUGUGUGGGAAUGUCCUGCUCACAAUCGUCUAAAGACAAGCUGUUAUCUGGGUCUUGCUGCCGUGUGUGUGGAGUCUCUGAGGAAAGGAGCAUUCAGUUUACAAACAUUGCAAGAAUUCAAACCAAAGAUUGAAGCUAUGGUCAGCGCUGCUCCAGAGAUGUCGGCUUGUCUACAGAGGUUGAACAUCAUGUUGGAAACGUCAUCAGAAUCGUAAUGAUGGUCUGAACACUACCUGCUUCGUUUGGCAGUUCGAGAGUCACAAAAUCAAGUUCUUGUAGGAUUGGGUCUAGGACAUGUUGGUCACUAUUUCGCAGAUGUACAGCAUGUCAUCUUUGAAGUUUUGUGAUGAUUGUAAUUCCAGAUAUGUUGGCUUGUCUGGAGGGUUUGAACAUUCAUGACCAGCAAAGCCAUCGGAAUUGUAGUGAAGGUUGUGUAGGUUUUGGUUUUGUAUUUUUGUAGGAUUGGGUUUUGGACAUGACUUGCUACUUAGUAGUUGAACAUCAUCUUUGAAAGUUUAAUUAAGAGCAAACUUAGGAACAGGAUGGUGAGAAGCUUCAAC